CGAGGCAUGAGAACGGUCCAGUUUGCCGAUGCAGUGUACACUGACAGAGGCUGGGAAGGGAUCAUUGGAAGGUUUCCAUGUGUGUGGAUGAAGAAGCACUGUGGUAAACCAAAGCUGAGUGCUGAUUACUCACCCACUUUGGCCUAGUAUGUUUGGAUGUGACAACGUUUAAAAGUGAUAAGUUGGAGAAGAAGGAGGACACAGCAGAAGGCCGAAGAAACACACAACGUAACAGGGGGAGUUCCUGAACACAGGGAAAGAGUGUGAAAGAGGCAGAGGGGAGAGAAAGACGCUGAAGGUAAGAGAAAAACACUGGGGAUAUUCAGAAAGAAGAAAAACGUGGCCAAGCAUGAGAGAGGAGGAGCAGUCUAAUGAUGAGCACCCUGAGGGAGGGGUGGUUUCCAGCAAGGAGAACAUGGGGAGACCACCUUCCAACGCAUGUCCUGUUGUUGUAGCGACGCCGGGGGUCACCGUGCGUAAGCGGCUGACAGGCUCACAUACGGAGGAUCGCGUUACCACAGUGACUCCCACCACAUCAGCAAGCUACAGCAAGGUCAAGCCAGGGGACGACAUCCAGAUCUACACCCCCACCGGACCCAAGAGACUGAAGAAGAGUCCUCUGCAUCGGCCACCUUCCUCAGAGCCGUCCCUUUCUCCCGUCCCCGGCCCGAGUCCCGGCGGUCUCUCAGCCAUCGAGGACCCACACGCCCAGCGGGUGAUUGCCAACAUCCGGGAGCGCCAGCGGACGCAAUCUCUGAACGAAGCCUUUGCCUCAUUGCGUAAAAUAAUCCCUACACUCCCCUCUGACAAACUGAGCAAGAUCCAGACCCUUAAGUUGGCAUCACGCUACAUUGACUUCCUGUACCAGGUACUGCAGAGCGACGAGAUGGACUCUAAGCUGGCUGGAUGUAACUACCUGGCCCAUGAAAGACUGAGCUACGCCUUCUCUGUGUGGAGGAUGGAGGGGGCCUGGUCGACCAUGUCCGCUGGUCACUGACCCCGCCUGACUUGUCUUUUGACUGCUGCCCUAAAACAUACGAUGAAUUCCUCAUGACGGUAAUGUUCUUACUUGACACAGACAGCAGACCUGUGGCCGACCGGUGGACUCACACCGUUUCACACCUCAACGUAGUUUUCCUCAGUGGAAAGACUAUCUGACACUUGAUAGUUUCAUGUGAGCAUUUAAGCCACUGCACUUUCACGAAAGCUGUAGUAGCUGACAUUGUUCUUAACCUACAUAUCAGAUGUAAAUAUGGAUUCUGGUGAUGUGUUGUUGUUGUGUGCCAGUGAUAGGUCUGGAGAAAUGUGCCACAACAGGAACAUUGUGCUCGGUGAAUGAUUCCUGGCUUUUCAAAAAGGAUUUUUUUUUUUUUUCCCCAACAUUUGUACUUUGUUUACAUAGAUCACAGUGGAGGGCAGAACAGGAGAGAGACAAAAACAACCGGACUUCAUUCAACAUUUAUUCAGUUCCAACAACCUGAUGGUUUAAGGAUGUGAUGCCUCUAAAUGUUGCUUCCACAUGACAGCACGGCUCAUUCUGCUGGAGCCUCCGUGAGCCCUCGGCUUUCAUCCUCAUCAUCACACUUGAUUUUUAUCACCAUCACUGCCAUCAGUGUCAUCAUCAUCAUCAUCAUCAUCAUCAUCGUCAUCGUUACCAUCGUCAUCAUCAUAGCUGCUGAAUAAAGUGACUGUGAUCUUCCCUCUACAUCUCCAUGCUCCUUGCUGCCAUGUCUGCCAUCCCAAUCAUAUGGACUUUGAUGCGAACGGAAACCUUUAGGUUCCACACUCUUGGAUAGAUCAAAAGCGAUCGGGAUGCAGACUGACAUUUCUUUGGACCAGCUAAAUCAACAAAACGCUGUCAUUUAUUGAGAAGAAAAUGCCGCCACAGGUCAAGUUGGAGCAGUAUUUGUGUUUUUUUGUUUCAUUCUAUUUUCCCCUAGAGAUUAUUCUAAGGAAAUUUAUAUAAUAGCUGUCACUGGAAAAAGACUGCAGAUUUCAAUCUCAGAUAAUAGUAUGUUCAUCUCUUGUACAUGUGUUUACAGCGUGUGUGAGGCUUUGUUUUGGUUUUUUUUAAAGAGCAUUUACUUGAAGCAUAUACAGUGUGGUGCUUUAUGACAAAUGACACUGAUACAGUAUGACUGAAAAUAAACAUUACAAGCAGAAAAAAUAGAGUUAGUGAUACAUACAGCACAUGUAUCAUUAUUUGAAAAAUAAAAAACUGUCU